AUGGGCAUCACCAGGGACUCGAGGCACAAGCGGAGGCUCACUGGAGGCAGGAUGCCCGUCCACAAGAAGAAGAGGCCCUUUGAGAAGGGCAGGCCGGUCGCCAACACCCGUCUUUCCGACCAGGUGCGCGUCCGGCGCAUCCGCGUCCGGGGGCACUACAAGUUCCGGGCGCUGCGGCUGAAGGAGGGCAACUUCAGCUGGAGCAGCUAGAACAUCACCUUCAAGACCAGGAUCCUGGACGUGGUCUACAACGCCUCGAGCAACGAACUGAUCCGGACCAAGACCCUGGUCAAGAACUGCGUGGUGCUGGUGGACGCGGCCCCCUUCCGGAAGUGGUUCGAGAACCACUACGGCCAGCCCAUCGGCAAGCACAAGAAGGACAAGAAGGAGGAGGUCAAGAAGUCCCGCGCCCUCAAGCACAAGCUGGAGGAGCGGGCGAAGGCGGUGAAGGACGCCAAGUUCGAGGGGCAGUUCGACCAGGGCCGGCUGCUGGCCUGCAUCAGCAGCCGCCCCGGGCAGUGUGGCCGCGCGGACGGCUACCUCCUCGAGGGCAGGGAGCUGGAGUUCUACCAGAAGAAGGCCGACCAGAAGGCGCAAUGA